UAGACACAUUUAUGGUAAUAAUGUAAUCAGCAUGAUGACUUCAUUGUGAAGUUAUGGUGAGUUUAGUCAGUUCACCUUUUUUAAGUGCCUCGGUCCAUGUCUGAACUUCUAACUUAUCCACUGGAAAGGUUUAAACUGGCACACUUAAGAAGAAACUGUAAAUACAAACAGAAUUUGAGAUUGGGGCAGAUGUUGCUGUGUGUGUCUGUAAACAGGAUGGACGGGCAGGGGAACAUCAAAACAGAUUCCAUGCAUCCGUUCACUCAAAUCGUACCUUUGGGAAAUGCAGCUAUUUGAAAACGGCGCAUACAUUCCAAGGUGGAAAGGAUAAUCAUAACAUCACUACCACUGACCACACAAAAAGGAGCACUUGCAUUUCAGCAGGCUGACACACCUCUCUAUUUUCUUUGGGAGGAGUCAGAGAGGGUUUUAAAAUCCAUUUAACUUCAUACAGAUGCUUACAUUUAGUUAUAAGAGGAAAAGAUUACUGUGAGAUGCACUGCUAUAGAGACUUAGUCGACUAUCUCAGCUGUGGGAUGAUCCUGGCAGGACUCUGGCACUUGGUCCAUCACAGGAAGACACAGACCUCCUAUGGGCGCCACAUGAGGCUCUCUUCUCCGGCUAGGACGGUCCCAGCCAGACUAGGCUGGUUCCUCCAGGAGAUGCCAGCUCUCCUGAUCCCCCUGCUUUUAAUGCUCACUUCGCACAAACCCUCCAGUAUGGGGAAGUACCUGCUGCUUGGGACCUUUUGCAUGCACUACUUUCAAAGGACAUUUGUCUAUUCACUACUGACCAGAGGAAGGCCUUACCCACUGGGUGUGAUGGUGGCAGCAGGUUUAUUCUGCUCUGUAAAUGGGUUCCUACAGGGACACUACCUGCUGCACUGUGCCCAGUUUGAUGAUGAAUGGUCAGCAGGCUAUCGCUAUAAAACUGGUUUACUGCUGUUUUACAUUGGAAUGGCCAUCAAUAUACAUAGUGACUAUAUUCUACACAAUCUGAGGAAACCAGGGGAAGUCGUUUACAAGAUUCCUAAAGGAGGUCUGUUUGAACAUGUGUCUGGUGCAAACUACAUAGGAGAGAUAGUGGAGUGGUUUGGCUAUGCUGUAGCCACCUGGUCCCUUCCAGCACUCUCAUUUGCUGUGUUUAGCCUGUGUUUUAUUGGACCAAGAGCCUAUCACCAUCACAGGUUUUACCAAGAGAAAUUCAAAGACUAUCCCAAGUUACGAAAGGCUUUGAUUCCAUUCUUCUUCUGAGAGGAAAAAGCACCUUGCUGUCAUCUUGUAAGGGCAGACAAUAAUUGAAACAGCAGCAGCUGAAGACAAGCGCUCUCGUAUUUUUAAAACAGAAAUUACAUUCAUUUCUAAAUCUGUUUGGAUUUUGCUUGCAGUCAUUGUUCAAUCAGCAAUUAUACACCGACUAAUUUUUCAACUAUUUCUAUACAAACUGCUUUGGAACAGACUUGCAUAAAUACAUUGAUACAAUCAUUUGGUGCACAUAUGAGAUUUUGUGAUAAGAUAAAUGUUUAUUUUUUACAUCUCAUUACACUGAUUGUAACUUGGCUCAGAGAUUUCCCCCGCCAUGGUAUGUGAACAUGUCAAAACAUUGCAAACAGGAAGGCAUUAAAGUGGAACAUGAAA